ACAUCGACCAAGGUUCACCGGAGCCCCAUGUGUUCCAGGGCGUGGGGCCGGCUCGUCCGAGACGCAGCCGAGGUCUGCAGGCGGACCGGCGGCUCCGCGCGACGGGAGAGUGCGUCAUGGUUCCUCCCCGCGGGAAAUGCCGCCUGCAGCAGAGGAGGGAGGAAUGGAUUUAUCUUCACUCCUGCCCGUUUUAUCACAUCAGAGGCGUUUCUCCACAGACUGAUGAAAGGCAGAGCAGCCGAAGCAGAUGGCAGCUUUUAUCGCCUCCCAGCCUCGGUUCUGCCGGACAGCGGUGAACAACUGUCUUUGUUACUGAGACAUCCAGAUCAGCCUGACAACUCCAAGGUUUUGAAAGUGGCGAUCAUAGGUUCCCCAAACGCUGGGAAGUCCACGUUGUCCAACCAGAUCCUUGGCAGAAAGGUGUUUGCUGUGUCCAAGAAAGUGCAUACCACACGGUCACGUUCCCUGGGCGUCCUGACUGAGGACGAUACACAGAUAAUUUUACUGGACACUCCUGGUCUCACCACGGCAUCAAAGGUUAAAAGACACCAGCUAGAGAAAACUUUGCUUGUGGAUCCCUGGAACACAGUCAAAGAAGCAGACCUAGUGGUCGUGGUGGUGGACGCGGCGGACAGAUGGACGAGCAGCCGGCUCGACUUCGAGGUGCUCAAGUGUCUCGCCCAGCACAAAGACAUCCCUGCAGUCCUGGUCCUCAACAAGGUGGACCUGGUGAAGGCUAAGGACAAGCUGCUGGACUUCACAGCAGAGUUGACAUGCGGUGUGGUGAACGGACGUAAAAUGCGGGUCAGGCAAGUGAUCAAGCCUCCGUGGGCCGAAAAGAGGCCAGAGAGGGAUCCGGAGUUGCUGCUUGACGAGGACGACGCGGAGCCCGAGGGCGGCGCUGAGCCGAACUCCGCGCUGACCAAAGAGCAGCUGAAGGCGCUAAGGAGCCAGCAGGGCUGGCCUCACUUCAAAGAUGUCUUCAUGCUGUCCUCUGUGGACGGAGAGGACGUGGAGACACUGAAGAGCUACUUCAUGGUUGCCGCCAAGCCGGGGCUAUGGCAGUACCACAGUGAGGUCCUGACCGACCAGAGUCCAGAGGAGCUCUGCACCAACAUCAUCCGAGAGAAGCUCCUGGAGUAUCUGCCCAAGGAAGUGCCCUAUUCAAUGACACAGUCCGUUGAACUCUGGCAAGAUGGAGAAAAUGGUGAGCUCCAUAUUUCCAUGAAACUUUAUGCCAAGAAAGACACUCACAUGCGGAUGGUGAUCGGCACAGGCGGCCAGAUGGUAGCGCGGAUCGCCCGGGAGGCGGGCGAGGACCUGGGUCGCAUCUACCUGAGGGAUGUGAAGCUGAACCUUUCGGUCAAGCUGAGCAAGUGAAGAGGACGGAACGGACUUCAAUGGGGAAAUCCUGAGGAGAUGAUGAUUAUGAGGUGGAGGAGGUGGUGAAGGUGGUGAUGAAUCCCGCUGGAUUUCUCUGCAAAGGACAAACCUGAAGAGUCGCGCGAAGGAUAAGAUCCCGUCACUGAAGUCUGAAGUGGAGUUAUGAACUGUGCCCCCGGGGCCCAGAGCUCCGUCUGACGUGGCGUCUCUGAGGAAAAGAGAUUGUACUCGAACGUUUGGUGUUUUCAUCAGCUGCAUUCUUUCAUGUGUCCCCAUAAGACGUACAAGAAUUUUUUUGUUAAGAUUGAACAAAUUAGAUUCAGCCACUAUACUGAAAGAAAUAUUCUAACUGCUAUUUUUGUAAAAUAAAAGUGGGAUAGAGAUUUUCUGGGGUUAUAUGAUGGUUGACAGUAGAAGAUGCCGGGAAAAGGGGGGGCAGACGUUAUGGCUCAUUGUCAGACUGGAGGUCGCCUCCUGCUUCGUGAUCUUAAUAAGUGAAAUGGAGAAAACGUGGCUUAAAAGCCAAGCGGCAAAAAAAAUAAAAUGUGGAAAAUUA